AUGGUCAUCAUGACGUACGUUCCUGAUGAAUCUCAACGCCGGGCGACGCGCUGCUUCCGUCAUGUUUGAAGAGCAGAGUGCGCGUGCGAACUGAUCGAGCUGAUCCCUGCUGGCAUCCUUCACUGCCUCAUCCAUCCCAUUGAUCCGGGGCGCGAUGUCAUCAGCAGUGGUAACGGCAACAGUGACCACCAUGUCGAGAUCCCCCGCUUCUUGACCAUACAGGACAGAGCUCGCGAUGCCAGCCAGAGCGUGCUGCACGAGCCUUUGCACGAUUGGUCAGUCUACUCUUGCUCUCGAGUCUUGCGGCCACGUAAGAAGCCCGAGCGCCAACGCGCGCGUCGUGCUCACUCGGCGGUGGUCUGGCCAAGAGAGCGCGUUCGGCUCGAUCGCCAAAAGACUGACUUGAUUGCUCCCAAUGCGAAAACAUCCUGUCACAGGAUCAUUCUUGGCUACGAAGGCACGAGGGAGACGCUGCACUUGAUCGAUCAAGGUCGAGGAGGUCUCGGCGUCGUCGAGAUGAGGAGUUCGAUUGUUAGUUUGGGUCACGAGAGCCUUGCUUCGAAACCAGGAAAAGGGGCCAAUCUUUUUCACCGAACGUCCGUUCGAGGAGUGCUGCUGACUCGUAUGGUCUCACUCCGUGUCUCGUACACGAUUCACAGACACCGAACGAUGUCAACUUUGGCUUGCUCAAGGUCGAGGGCCGGAUACUGCUGUGGACUUAUAUGCCCGAGCAUGCCAUUAGCGGCGUCAGACGAGGUGCGCAAUUUUCGCUAGCUCGCUGCAAUAAUUAUCAGAAGGUAUGCUGACGUGGAGUCCCCGUUCUAGCUCGAGCACUGGUGCAUGGCCGUGCCCUGUUGACAAUAUUCAAAGUGGGUCCCCUCGACCUGUAUAAAACGCCCGAAGCAUUGUGCUCACUCGUGGCCCCGCUUCUUUCCUUGCGCGCAGCACGAUGCGACGUUCACCGCCAGUCGAGUCGCCGAGUUCACCCCCCAGAUCACACGCUACAAGCUCAAACUUGAUCGUGCCCUUCCCCCAAACACUUCCUCGCCUCCUACACCGGCCUACCAUUCUCCCAAGAGCUCACCCGAGAUCACACCGCGACCUCCUUUAGGGAUGCGACUCGCCUCGGAUGACAGCGACUCACGAUCCGUUGCCGAACCUAGGUCAAGCAAUAGCUCGUCACGCAAGGAGCAAUGUUCGGAUAUCUACAAGGCCAUGAUUGGACUUGACAUGUCCGACCCGGACCGUUCCCCUCCUUCGGCGGCUCGCGAUCGAUCAAACCAGCCGCCGCCUUCGAGAUCGCAAACGCCACGCUCUGAAGUGGAUGGGAUGCUGCGCGAUCAAAUACCUUAUGCAUCGUAUGCACAAAAAAACCGGACCCAGUCGUCGUCGACGCGACCUUCCCCUCAGGGUCCUCCACCACCUUCCAGAUCUCAGCCGCGGUUCGACCCUACUCAGUGCUACCCCUCCCCUCCCGCCUCGGCCGAUCGCCAUGCACCGUCUCGGCACCAACCCGUAUCGUCUCGGUCAUCGAUCGAAACUGCUACCGAAGAGAGGACCGCGAUCCUUUACGAGAUCGAACAUGCUUCUCCUAGUCGGUACUCACCGACCGAGUACAGCGCGAGCGUUUACGGUGGUCAAGCCGAGGAUACGUAUUCAAUCCGCCAUCAACCGCCGGCGCGCUCAAUUUCGAAUCACUCGAUCAAUUCCUCGACUUUGGUCGAAGAAGAGGGGGGGCGAGAAUCCUCGGAGGAAGCUCGAAGGAGGGAAGAGAGGGAACGGUUCGAACGCGAGUUGGCGAUCAAGAGCUUGAGGGAGAAGAGGGAGGAAGAGGCCAAGCUUCGAGCACGGGAGGUCGUGGAGAAGGAACACCAAGCGAGGAUAGAGUACGAGCAACGACAGAAGGAGAGGGAGGCUUGGGUUUUGAAGGCCAAGAAGGAGAGGGAGGAGAAGAUGCGGUUGGUCGAGUUGGAACGACGGAGAAAGGAGGAAGAGGUGCGGAGGGAGGAACAACGACGGGUUGAAGAGGAUCAGAGGAAGAGGUUGCAGGAUGCGGCGACGAGGGUGCAGAAAGACCAGGAGAGGUUGUUGAUGAGUCAGCAUGCGCUGUUCAAGAAGUUGCAGGACGACGAAGAGGCGCUGGUCCGUGCGCAGGAGAAGAAGAAGCGACAGCAUGAACUCAAGGUUCGCUUCGCGCAGGGCAAGAUGACGUCCGCAGCGAUUGGGGGGACGGCGAUCCUCGAUGGCGAGGUGUCGGUCCAAGGUGGGAACUCGAUCGUAUGGAGGAGGAGAUGGUUCGAGUUGCGCGCGGACGAGUUGGUGUUGUUCAAGAGUGCGGCAGAGCGUAGUCGGAUCAAGGCGAUCGCUUACAAGGGAAUCGUCAAGGUGGUCAAUUCGCCCGAGGAAGCUGGGGUCGCGAAUUCGUUCAUGUUGACGCUCGAUGACGGCGAUGACUGGACCUUUUUCAGUGAGCUUGAGCCUUUUUUUGGCUGAUCUUUCUCGACCUACGAGCUGACACGACUUGUCUUCCUCUUGCAGCCGACGAGUCCGCCGCCAAGGACGUUUUGCUCUCGGCGCUGGAAGUGGCGGCCGGCAUGUGA